CUGAAGCACUGCUUGAUUGGUACAAUUCUUCUUCUACGGUUUUCUGUCUGUCUGCGCGAGAACACCUUCUUUGUACGAUAAUGGAUAAUUUGAUUGGCUCUUUGGAAUCAUCACUUAAUGUAUCCACAGAACCGUAUAGCACUGCGACAGCACAUCCCCGGUUUUCACAAUUCAAAUCGAAAACAUGGAAAAUAAACCAAGAAGAACGAAGAAGAAAAACCUUGGAGAACCAAAAGCAGAACCGAUAUGACUACUACAAUCAUUGCCGUCGAUUGGCUGAAAGUGAUUUCAGUGUUGAUGAGGAAUGCCUCUCAGAAACCCAAGAGGAAAUGGAGUGGUCACCUCCAAAAAUUAAAACUCCUAGAACAUACCAAGACCAGAUUAUGCUUUCAGAAUGGCUUGUUGAUGUUCCAGAAGAUUUUGAAACCAAUUGGCUAGUGAUGCCUUGCCCUACUGGUAAAAGAUGUCUGGUAGUUGCAUCUAGGGGAUGGACACGUGUGUAUUCCAAAAGUGGGUAUCUGAUCACAGAGUUUCAAUCAUUUUUACCUGGGGGAUUUCGGCAGAGUUCAGACAGCACAAUUCUUGAUUGUGUCUGGAAUGAAUAUAAGCAGUGCUACUUUGUCCUGGAUGUUUUAAGCUGGAGUAGGGUGCCUUUGCUUGGCUGUGAAGCUGAAUUUAGAUUUUAUUGGUUGCAUGGCAAAUUUAGUGAACAACCGGAAUUCGGUGUGAAGUCAGAUAAAAAUCGAUACCCUUUUAUUCCACUGCCUACCAAAAGUUGUACAAAAGAAAACAUUGAAGAUUUACUCCUGAUGGAAAAACAAAUCUGGUCACCUUUGGAUGGGCUACUGUUUUAUCAUAAACUGGGUUAUUACACUCCCGGAGUCAGCCCUUUAGUUGGAUGGCUUAAGCCUUUCAUGGUUUCAGAGAUUUUAAAAGCAAAGGUACCUGAGUUUUAUAUGCAGAAAAAGCCAUCAAAUUAUGUGAACAUCCAGCAGCAUUUAAAAAGAAAUGUGAAAGAGAAACAUGAUGAAAAUUCUGUUGAAAUGUUGGUAAAAGAAUGAAAACAGGUUUCUGUUUUUUGUCUAGCCUUAUUUUAUAUAUUGACACAAGAUGAUGCAGAGCAUAUCUCUUUGCUGUAUUAUAUCUGUACAAAAUGUUACUCGUCGAAAUCAGAUCGGAUCACGAUACCGCUGUACUGUUUGCAACUGUUCAUUUUCGGAUAAACUGCUUCAUUUCGAUUGGGGACGGCGAUGCCACCAUUAAUAUCUCCGUGUAUUGGAGCUGCUGAGCUUGAUGAAAUAAGCAUUGUUAUGAGUAAACCAAGCAAUAACCCACUAAAAAUGCAUUUGGCUAUAAGUCAGUGACGUUGAGCCAUUAUCGGUAUUCAAUUUCGGGUUGGUUGCUCAAGGUUAACAGAAAUUUGCUGCUAUGGUAUAUGGUUGGUUGAUUUCAAUGAAUACAUUUAUCGUUUAUUGA